ACGAGUGGUGUGGACAGCCCAGGCCUCCGGGGUUCAGAGGAGGCAGAGCUCUUCCAGAGCAGGGUGGUCAGAGAGGGCUCCUUGGAGGAGGAGGAGGAGGAACAAGAAGAGGAGGACAAAGAAGGCACACCAGUCCCUUGGUCUCCACUCCUUGUCCCCGAAGGUGAGGCAGUGGGGAGAGUGACUCAGAGAUUCUCGACGCAUGGCCUGCCCUUUGGUUUACGAGGCCACCUCAGCAGCACCAACCUUUGCCCCAAGAAGAUCACCUGUCCAAAGGGUGGAGACAGCAGACCAUCCAGGUGGCUUGCCAGUGGAACAGAAGCCUCCGGAGCUAUGGGAACGGGGCUUCGCAGCUGCUCCUUUCGAGGACCCCGGCCCUCCUAUGGGAAGCUCCAGGAGGGACAACCCCGGCGGGCACUGAGCCUCCGGCAGGGGCAUGAGAAGUCCAGGUCCCAUGGCCUGGAUGGAGUCCCAGAAGGGCUGAUGGCCUCUGCUCAGGAGCAGCUGCCCGGGAGCCUGGGGGACACAGAGCAGCUGAUCCAAGCCCAGCGACCAGGCAGCUGGCAGUGGUUGAAGCAGUACCAACAGCAGGUGCAGCGAAGGUGGGAGAGCUUUGUGGCCAGCCUCCCCCGUGUGACAUUGAGUCGAUCGGCCUCCCCAGAGCCCCCGCUGGACACCACCAGCUAGCAAUGCUGGAGGAUGGUGGCCCCUUGCUGACCUGCCUCUGUGGCUCUACUGGACUAUGGACUGCUCCAGCCUGUGUCAUGUGGUCUAAGGAGGCCCCCUCCAGCCCACUCGAAGCCCCAUGUGGCUGUCCCUCGGCCAUGGCCCUCCCACUCCAGGGCUGGCUCUCAGCAAAGACCCCAGUGGGGCUGGGGAGAAGGGGCCAGCUCUGUGCCCUCUGGGCUUGGAGCGCCCAGCACUAUGAUGCACAUGAAUAGUUCUUAGGAGCCUAAGAAGUGGAGGUGUCGAUGCCCCCAGCCCCACACAAGACCCCACAAGAUCAUUCACCUUCCAGGACAGAGCCUGAGGAAGCCAGACUUAUAGCUGAGAGGCUCUUGGAUGGACAUCACUUGAUCACAGGACUGACCUGCUGCUGGUCAGCUGCUAGCGAGAGGCCAGGACACAUGUCCCCUUCCAGACAGUGAGCCCUCACGGGCAAAGACCAUGUCUGGGAGGCCCUCAGUGCUGGGCACUCUCUGGCCAAUAGGCUCCACCUGUUUGUUGCUGCCUUCAGGUCUCAAAGUAUACAAUGAAGGAAGCAAGGGGAGCAUUCCCUCUCCAUGUGACAGAGGGGAAACUGAGGUGAGGGAGAUCUAUUAUUUUUGUCAUCUCUCACGCCACCCACCC